CCCAUCCCUCUCUCCGCUUGAGGGUUCCCGAGGACAAGGGUAUAAGAGGGGGUCGAUGUGAAAGCAUUUUUUUCCCAUAAAACCUCAGGUUACUGGUUUCUCCACUGUAGCAUUCAGUUGGAGUGUCUCGUGUGUGAGAGGAGAUUUCGUAUUCACAGUGUGAGUUUGAGAGAGAGGAGAUUUCUCUGAUUUUGUCAGUCGACAUGGAUCGUCUGGACAGAAGGCUGGCAGUGACUCUUCUGCUCUUCUCAUUCAUCUCGUUCUCCACUCAGAAAACCUCAAUCUCCUGGUGUGUGGUGUCGGAGGCAGAGGAGCAGAAGUGUCUGGAUCUGGCUGGGAGUGCUACAGCCCGGAAUAUCAGAGGAACGCUGCUGUGUGUCCGUGGCCAGAGUCCCACAGACUGUAUGGAGAAGAUCAAGAAUGGUACAGCAGAUGCAGCAGCCAUGUUUGCUGAUGACAUCUACACAGCCGGCUGGUGCUUUGGACUAGAACUGGCUGCUGGAGAGUCUUACAACGGACUGGAUGGUAUCAGCUACUAUGUUGUAGCUCUGGCUCGUCGCUCCUCCAGUGACCUGUCCCUGUUGGAGAUGCAUGAACGCAGCUCCUGUCACCCAGGGAUCCGUACCACGGUGGGGUGGACUGUUCCUAUUGGCUUCCUGGUCAACACCUCACAGAUCAGUGUCGAUGAACAAUGCAACUUUCCUAAAGCGGUGGGGGAUUUCUUUGGCUACAGCUGUGUACCAGGAAUAAAGGACAGAGAACACGACCCCAGAGGAAGCAACCCUAAGAACCUGUGUGAAGCCUGCAUAGGAGACGACAACGAGAGACAUAUAUGUGUUAACAAUCACCGAGAGAGACACUAUGGAGAGGCUGGGGCACUGAGGUGUGUGGCUGAGAAUUUGGGCGAUGUGGCAUUUGUCAAACACACCACCAUUUUUGACAACAUGGAUGGCAACAAUAUGGAAUCAUGGGCCAUGGACCUGGAACUGGAGGACCUGAAGCUGCUGUGCCCGGAUGGCAGUGAGGCUGGGCCGUUUGACCAUGAGACGUGUCACCUGGCUGUGGUACCAGCUAACGCUGUGGUGGUACGCCUAGAGGACAAGUGUAGAGUCUGGAAAUACCUGGAACGCUUACAGAAUGCGUUUGGGAACACCACCAUGUUCAGCUCAGUGGGCUACACCCAAUCAGAUCUCCUGUUUUCUGACUCCACCCACCACCUGCUCAGGGUUGUGGGUAGUUACACUUCCUGGUUGGGUCCCUCAUACACCACGGCCCUGCAGGCCUUCGAGUGUGAAAGUUUGUGCUGAUCCUUCUAGAAAGAAAUCAACCAGCAUCCUCUCCAUCUCUCCCCUCACUAUCUCUCCACCUCUUUCUUUCCCUCCCUCCAUAUCGUAUCCUCCCUCCAUACCCACCUCCCUUCCUUCCUCCAUCCUCCCCUCCCCCCCCUAUACCCUCCCUCCCUCCCUCCCUCUGUGUGAUGAUAUGGUAGAUAUUCGGAGUGUUUCUUUGCUCCCACACAGUUCCAGUAGUCACUUAUCCUCCUAUAAAAAAUAUCAAUGUCAUUAACUCACUGAAUCACAAUCUCUGUGUGUGUGUGUGUGUGUGUGUGUGUGUGUGUGUGUGUGUGUGUGUGUGUGUGUGUGUGUGUGUGUGUGUGUGUGUGUGUGUGUGUGUGUGUGUGUGCGUGCGUGCGUGCGUGCACCCAUGGUUCACUGCGUUCCCACGGUUGGUAUAGCAGACCACCAUGCUAGUCACUCUACACCUGACAGAGAGGGGAUUACAGCUAUAAAUCGCCACCAGACACUGAUCUAAGGUCAGGUUAAUGUUUUGGUGGUUAAUGUUCCAUUUUGGGAAGGUAAGCUGAUCCUAGAUCUGUGCUAAAAUAGGAACUUCUACCCAGAGCAGUAAUCCAUGACACUCUAUACACAGCAAUUCAAAACAAAUGCCGACUCACACUGCAUUAAACCAUGUAUUCAGAGCGUUUUGAUUGACCUUGAAGGUGCUGAAAUAUUGGUGAUAAUACGUGUGAUAAGAUGUUUGAAGCCACUGAAAUUAUGUUUGUACUGUAAAUCACUGCCACCAUUGAAUGAACAGGAAUUACCAUUUUUUUCUAUCAUUUCUUCUGGAGAAUGUUCUCUCUAUCAAAACAAUUCCUUAUGACCUCUAUAUUUUGUUAAUGUUGUACCCGUAGAGUAACUCACUCUACGGAGGUAUAUUGGUGCUGUGACACUACAGUAUUUUCUGUCUGUCUUCAGGAUAUAAAUUGUUCUAAAGAGACCUGUGUGUAAAUACUCUUCACCUGCUUGUAUUUGUAGUUCUGCAACCUCUUUAAAUAUAUUAAAGAAAUGAUGACAAAAUGUUGGCAAAGGCGUCUUUGCUUUGGAAGAAGUGGAUUCUAGGCGCCGUUAUAGAGGGGUAACACACACACACACACACACACACACACACACAC